GCAUAGCCCUCUUUCUAUACACUAUGUAACACACACUCUCUCUCUCUCCAAACCGUCUCAGCCUCACAGAUCGCUGUAUCAGUCUCUUAGAUUUUCGUCUCAACCUGAGCCUUCAUUGAAACCCUAACCUUGAGCUCCUGUACCACUCUCCAAACCCUCACCACUGUGUCCCAUUACCCUAACCUCGUCGGCGAUGCCUGAUUGGGGAAGAGUAGGGUGAGACGGUGGUGUUCGUCUGCCUCAGAAGCGUAAGGUGCUUCGAUCCACCUCAACUGGCACAGAUCGCGACAACGCUGGAGAAGAGAGCGACCACCGAUUCUUGUGUUCCAUGGAGCCUUUGCCAAUGACGAUUUCGUCUCCAUCUGCUCUCGUCUCCCCUCCGUCGCUUCUCUGGACCUAAUUUCUAAUUCUUGGGACUUCCACACCGAUCGCAUCCUUCCUUUUCUGACGGAUAAUACUGAUAUCACGGUGAUUGGGGUGAUCGGACCGCCUGGGGUAGGGAAGUUGACGAUAAUGAACGAGCUCUAUGGCUUUGAUGGAACUUCACCUGGUUACUAAUGUUCAUGGUGAUCUUUCUCAAAUUGGCUUUGACUUGGACGCACUAUAGAGAAUGGUUUGUGGCUUGGGAUUUAUCAUACAAUAGCCUAACUGGACCUGUGCCUCAGCUUCUAUCAGAACUUCCUGCUUUGGAGAUUUUGAAUUUAACAAGCAACAGUCUCACAGGUUCUGUUCCUAAGGCUUUGAUGGAGAAGUCCUCCUUGUUAUUAAUAUGUGACUCGUUCUCAUUUUUGUUUCAUUAAGAAUGUUGGAAUGAAUAUUCUAUAAUUCUUAGAAAAUGUUUUGUUGUAGUACAAAUGGCAAUCCCAAUCUUUGUCAGUCGGACUCCUGCGAACAGGCAACAAAGAAGAAGAAAAAUUGGAGCACUACCAUAGUUGCAUCUUUGGUUUCCUCCAUUGUAUUUUUAAGUGCAAUAGCUAUCUUGUGGAGCUUAAAGAGGAGAAAACAUAAAGGUAACAAUUUUUCUAUAUAUUCCUUCAUUCUGGUAUUUGGUUUACAUUCAAGAAAUUAUUUUCUCAAUCAUCUAAAGUCUUACUUGUAUAAUUUCAUCUUUGCCCAUGAACUACUCCUAAAAGGCAAUGUGGGAGGUAGGACAUUGAAGUUGAAAAAUUGAAGAUUCUCAUACUCUGAGGUUGUGAGUAUUACAAAUAAUUUAGAAAGGGUAAUCGGGAAAGAAGGAUUCAGAACAGUUUAUCUUGGCUACUUGAAAGAUGGCACUGAAGUUGUGUCAAAAUGCUCUCUCAAUCAUCAAGUUAGGGAUCAGAGCAGUUCUGGGCUGAGGCUGAGCUCUUAACAACUAUCCAUCAUAGAAAUUUGGCUGCCCUAAUUGGGUAUUGUGAUGAAGGCUCAAACACAGCGCUCAUAUAUGAAUAUAUGAUUAAUGACAACUUACAAGAAUGUUUAUUAGAUGGUUCUGAAGCUUUGGGUUCAUAUUUAAGGAUUCAACCUUGCUCUGAUAGUGCUCCAGAACUUUCGGGAUGUUCAAUUCAAUGGUAUCGUUUGGCAGCUGAAGAUGGCAAAAAGGAUCUUAUUUCAAGUAUGCAUGCAAAAGGGCUCAUGGAACUACUUCUGGGAUUGUACACUCCAUUGAUAUUCAUCCAUCAAGAAAAACACACUUGUAUUCUGGCUAUUUUGGGAGGUUCUUUAUUAGGGACAUUCUUGUCUGAGAAGGGGAAUUUAGUGCUCUUCCAGGAAGAAAACCUGAACCUUGUACUGCUUUUUAUUCUUCUUACCAGUGCAGGUUAGAAAUUUUGUGGAGAGAUGCAAAAUAUGGUCAAAGAAUUCAAGGACUUGGUUUUUCA